AUGCUCGAGGCUCGUGUCAAGCAGGCCGCUGUUCUCAAGAAGCUCCUUGAUGCUAUCAAGGAGCUCGUCACCGAUGGCAACCUCGACUGCUCCCCCGACGACGGCAUCUCUCUCCAGGCCAUGGACAACUCGCACGUCGCGCUCGUCUCGCUCAAGCUCUACCCCGACCAGUUUGAGUCGUACCGCUGCGACCGUAGCAUCCCCCUUGGUGUCAACCUCAGCUCCCUCACCAAGAUUCUCAAGUGCGCCAAGGACAAUGAUGUUGUGACCCUCAAGGCCGCCGACGACGCCGACUCGCUGGGCCUGAUCUUCGAGUCGCCCAAGGAGGACCGCGUCGGCGAGUACGAGAUGAAGCUCAUGGACAUUGACCAGGAGCACCUCGGCAUUCCCGACACCCAGUACGACGCGACCAUCACCAUGGGAUCGGCCGAGUUUGCCCGCAUCUGCCGUGACCUGUCGGCUCUUGGCGAGUCGGUCAAGAUUGAAGCUUCCAAGGAGGGCGUGAGGUUCAGCUCGGACGGCGAGGUCGGCUCGGGUUCCAUUCUCCUCAAGCAGACUGCUGGCUCUGAGCGCCGUGCCGUUCGCGCCAAGACCGACCCCGACGACGAGGACGACGACGAGGAGGCCGACAAGAAGCCCACUAUCGACUCUGAGGGCGAGGAGGAGGUCGAGGAGGAGGAGGAGGCCCCCAAGAAGCGCAAGGCCAACGGUGGCGCCAAGUCGUCCAAGAAGGCCAAGGCCGGUUCCGACGAGGAGGUUGGCGUCUCCAUCAUCCUCGAGAAGCAGGUCUCGCUCACCUUCUCCCUCAAGUACCUCACCAACUUUGCCAAGAGCGCCCCUCUUGCCCGCGCCGUCUCGCUCAACAUGAGCAACGACGUCCCUCUCCUCGUCCAGUUCGACUUCGAGCAGGGCACCCUCCAGUUCUUCCUUGCCCCCAAGAUCUCGGACGAGUAG